UUUUAGAAUCUACCCUCGCGUUUAUUGCAGCGCUAACAGCUGACAGACCGGGUUCGAUAGCAAGGGAAGAGGACGCACAAAUACGCACAAAAAUGUAUCAAAAUCUGGAGGAGCACAACCGGCUGGUGAAUAAAUACCUCAAGAUAUUCUUCGUGGUCGCCCUGUAUUGGUGCACUUCCAUCUUGACGGUGUUUGUGAACAAACAUUUGCUGAGCAGCGACACUGUGAACCUGGGAGCACCGCUGUUUAUGUCGUGGUUUCAGUGUGUGGUGUCCACGUUGAUAUGCUUUGUGAUGAGCCGCCUCAGCCGCAAGUACCCGAGCGUGUUCACCUUCCCCGAAGGCAAUCCCCUGGACAUUGACACCUUCCGCAAGAUUCUGCCGCUGUCCGUGCUGUACACGCUGAUGAUUGGAGCCAACAACUUGUCGCUGUCGUAUGUCACGGUGGCCUUUUACUACAUCGGACGCUCCCUGACCACCGUGUUCAGUGUGGUGCUAACGUAUGUGAUUCUGCGGCAACGCACCAGCUUCAAGUGCUUGAUGUGCUGCGCCGUCAUUGUGAUUGGCUUUUGGCUGGGCGUGGAUCAGGAGAGUCUCACAGAGGUGUUCUCCUGGCGGGGCACCAUAUUCGGAGUGCUCAGCUCUCUGGCCCUGGCCAUGUUCUCCAUACAAACCAAAAAGUCGCUGACGCACGUCAAUCAGGAGGUGUGGCUGCUCAGCUACUAUAACAAUCUGUACUCCACCGUGCUCUUUCUGCCCCUGAUCAUCAUCAACGGCGAGCUGGAGACGAUCAUAACGUAUCAGCAUUUGUGGGCUCCAUGGUUUUGGGCAGCCAUGGCACUAAGUGGUGUUUGUGGCUUCGCUAUCGGGUUUGUGACUGCUUUGGAAAUACAGGUUACCUCACCGCUAACGCACAAUAUCUCGGGCACAGCCAAGGCCUGUGCUCAGACGGUAAUUGCCACCCAGUAUUAUCACGACGUCCGGUCGGCACUCUGGUGGACCUCGAAUAUAGUGGUGCUUGUAGCCAGCGCAGCCUACACGCGAGUGAAGCAGCUGGAGAUGGUCCGGCACCAUCAGCAGCGAACUGCAGCCACGCAAAAGGCCUAACAUGGAACUUUCACAGAAGGCCACACACCAAAGUAAUUUAGACUGGAGACGACUAUAGUAUAUAAGCAGAUGUAAGUUUAAAAAGUAUGCACAAACGAAAUCAACAACAAUGCAAAUACAUAGGCAUGCAUGUUUAUAA